AUGGUGGCGAAAAAGGGCGGAAACCGAGGAGGGGAAGAUGCAGAGGAGGAACUGAAACGAGAGCCCUUACAGGCUAUACUCUUGGCCGAUAGCUUUGCCACGAAGUUCCGUCCCAUCACCCUCGAACGCCCCAAAGUACUAUUACCACUGGUCAAUGUACCCAUGAUAGACUAUACCCUGGCAUGGCUUGAGUCUGCUGGGGUCGAAGAAGUUUUUGUCUUUUGCUGUGCGCACUCCAAGCAAGUGAUGGACUAUCUAAAAAACUCCAAAUGGUUUGCCCAACCAAACUUUGCGGUUUCGACAAUCGAAUCACACAACUCUAUCAGUGCCGGAGAUGCUUUGCGACUUAUUUAUGAAAGACAUGUGAUAAGUGGAGAUUUCAUCCUUGUUACUGGGGAUACAGUGAGCAACAUGCCACUUACACAGGCACUUAAAGAACAUAAAGAGAGACGGAGAAAGGAUAAUAAUGCUGUAAUGACAAUUGUCAUUAAACAAUCAAAGCCUUCAUCAAUCACUAACCAAUCUCGUCUUGGAACGGAAGAACUCUUUAUGGCAAUUGAUCCUGAUAAAAAGCAGCUGCUGUACUAUGAAGACAAGGCUGAUGAUCAUAAAGGGACCAUCUCGCUGGAUAAGGCAUUGCUUAUGGAUAAUGCUUCUAUAUCUCUUCACAAUGACAAGCAGGACUGCUAUAUUGACAUAUGCUCUCCAGAAGUUCUUAGUCUUUUCACAGACAAUUUUGACUAUCAACAUCUACGUCGUCACUUUGUCAAGGGGUUACUUCUUGAUGAUAUUAUGGGGUAUAAAAUUUUCACACAUGAAAUUCAUUCAAGUUAUGCGGCUAGGAUUGAUAACUAUCGUAGCUAUGACACCAUCAGUAAGGAUAUAAUACAGAGGUGGACAUACCCAUUGGUGCCUGAUGUCCAGUUUUUUGGAAACUGUGCAACCAAGCUUGAAAGACGGGGAAUGUACCGCGCAUCAGAGGUUGGGUUAUCGCGUUCUGCACAAAUUGGUCCGUUUACUGUCAUUGGAAAUGGCACCUCCAUUGGAAGCAACACUGAAAUAUCAGAUUCAGUUGUUGGGGAAGAUUGUGUUAUUGGAUCAAAUGUUUCAAUAGAGGGUUGUUAUAUAUGGAACAAUGUAACUGUCGAAGAUGGAUGCAAACUGAAGCAUGCAAUAGUAUGUGAUGGGGUGAUUAUGAAGUCUGGUGCAGUUUUAGAACCUGGUGCUGUUUUGUCUUUCAAGGUCGUAGUGGGACAACAAUUUAUUGUCCCUGCCUACUCAAAGGUGUCUUUACUUCAGCAACCUGUCAAACAAGAUAGCGAUGAGGAGCUUGAAUAUGCUGACAACAGCAGUGGCAUCAUAGGAAUUCCAUCAAUCUCAAGUAUACCUGAAAAGUUGAAUGAUCAAUUCAGCACCAAGUUGUCUGAUUCACAACGACGGGCUGGAUCUGAGGUUGGCGACGGUGGUGUUGGUUUCAUAUGGUCACUUGGUGAAGGAGGGCAUGAAGAAGAAUGGAGACAUUCAGUUGCACCAAUACCUGCAGAUAGACUCGUUGAGAUUAUUAAAACCGCAACUGAUGCACUGGAGAUAUCAAAUCAAGAUGGCAAUUUUCUUCCACCUUCAGGAGAGCUGGAACCUGAUUCUGUUGAUAAUGAUUCCGAUGAGGAUGCAAGGGAUGAUUAUUCCUAUUUUGAGAAAGAGGUUGAAGCAACUUUUCUGAGGGCUGUUCAUGAAAAUGUUAAAGAAGACCAUAUAAUUUUAGAAGUAAACUCACUGAGGUUGUCUUACAAUCUGACAUCUACUGACUGUGCCGGUGCAUUAUUCUAUUCGAUGAUGAAAUUGGCUUCGGAUACUCCUCAUGAUACACCCGGUGAAUUGGUUAAAAACGUUGCGACUGUGAUUACAAAGUGGAAAAAACUUUUAAAGGAUUACUUGACUAGCAUAGAUGAAGAGAUUGAAGUGAUUUUGAAAUUUGAAGAAAUGUGCUUAGAGUCCACCAAGGAAUACACUCCAUUAUUUGUGCAGGUUUUGCAUCUUCUAUACAACGAAGAUGUUAUACAAGAGAAAUCUAUACUUGAUUGGGCAUCUGAAAAGGAAGAGGCAGAGGAGUCGGAUAAAUUAUUUCUCAAGCAAGCAGAAAAAUUUAUCCAGUGGUUGAAUGAGGCCUCAGAAGAAGAAGAUUGA